UGCAUAUAUAUAUAGAUUUCUCUGUUUCAGUUCAUCUCCUCUGAUUUCGUCACUCGAGUUCCCUACUUGUCAGUUCAAUCCUCUCUCUGUCCUCACCUUUCUUCAUCAUCAAUGGCGGUCACUUUUUCAGAUCUUCACACUGAAUCUGGACUCAAGUCUCUCGAUGAGUUCCUUGCCGGGAAAUCCUAUAUCUCUGGAGAUCAUAUCACCAAGGAUGACAUAAAGGUGUACGCCGCUGUUUUGGAGAAGCCGGGAAGCGCCUUCCCUAAUGCAAGCAAGUGGUACGAGAGCGUGUCUUCACAUCUUGCCCCAAGCUUCCCGGGAAAAGCUGUUGGAGUGAGAAUUGGCGGAAACAGUCUUCCAGCUGAAGAUACCCCAUCCAAGGAGGCUGCACCUGCUAAGGAGGAGGAUGACGAUGACUUGGACCUCUUUGGUGAUGAGACUGAGGAGGACAAGAAGGCAGCAGAGGAGAGGGAGGCAGCUAAAAAACCGGCCAAGAAGAAAGAGAGUGGCAAGUCUUCUGUUCUUUUGGAUGUGAAACCUUGGGAUGAUGAAACAGACAUGAAGAAGUUGGAAGAGGCCGUUCGCAGUAUUGAGAUGCCUGGUCUAUUGUGGGGAGCAUCAAAGCUGGUUCCAGUUGGUUAUGGGAUCAAGAAGUUGCAGAUCAUGAUGACAAUUGUUGAUGAUCUCGUCUCCGUCGAUACCCUUAUCGAGGAGCGCCUGACAGUUGAGCCUUGCAACGAAUACAUUCAGAGUUGUGACAUUGUCGCCUUCAACAAAAUCUAAAAAUCUUGAGUUAUUUUACUUGAAUCUGUAACUUUAGCUUCUUUUUUUGCCCUCCUGGCUUCUUUUUCUGAUGGUUUUGUUGUACUGACUCGUGAGAGUUGAAAGAUUUUGACCAACUUGUCAGUUUUUCUGUUUG